AUGGCAGGCUCGGGAGCUGCCAAGUCAGCAGCUGAAGCUCAGGUGGUGAUCGGGACGUGGAGGAUGGGAGGAGCGGGCGAGAGGGGCGAAGAGGGAGAGGUGGAGGAGGUGGGAGAGGAAGGGCAGGAGGAAGGCGCGGACUCCCAACAAGCAUGCCUUUUCCCCCUCUCCCUUGCCCCUCUCUCGCCUCGCUCCUCACGUAGCUUCGCUGCCCUGUUGCUGCCUCCUCGCCAGCUCCGAUCGACCCACUCCUGA